GGUAUACUGUCGAAGAUCACUGCUCAGUGAAAAGAGUUCUGGCUGAAAUCUGGCAGGCCCAGAAUUUCUAGGCCUACAACUCUAACGUUAGUUCUACAUUUUCUGUCCAGUGAAAUAUCGGGGCUGAUAUUCAGGAGAAACGGAACAUGGAGAGGAUGUAAAACCCACAUACCAGUACAUACGUGUAUAAAAGUCAGUGAAGAACUGCAUCAUCCUUGAAGAUAUCACCCCAGAGUUCUGAUUGCUGAGACCAUGUACAUGAUGAUGGUGAUGAUAAAAAGGACCAGCUAAGAUGGUAAAGUGAGUGGUUUAUCAAGACCCGGACAGACUUCAAACUCCAUAGUGGAGGGCCGUGAUGGUGGCAAGCAACAGUCAUAUUAAAAGCAGCUACCAUCUCACAUACAAGACCGGAGUGAUGCUGUCAUUUGGCUAGUCCUAAGAGGAACGCCGAUCGUGCUUAGAGGUGGGAUAAAGUACAUGUAAAUCUUUGUCCAGUUGGGAGAGGAAGAGGAGUCCGUAAUGACGACGUUAUCAGACAUUUCACGCGAGAACCUGACCACGUACAAGCUGGUGGUGGUCGGGGAUGGAGGCGUGGGCAAGAGCGCCAUCACAAUUCAGUUCUUCCAAAAACUCUUUGUAGCGGACUACGAUCCAACCAUUGAGGAUUCUUAUAUUCAGCACACCGAGAUCGAUGGGGAUUGGUGUAUUUUAGAUGUGUUGGAUACAGCUGGUCAGGAGGAAUUUUCAGCAAUGAGAGAGCAAUACAUGAGGACGGGUGACGGCUUCCUGCUGGUUUAUUCAGUCACCGAUAGAGCAAGCUACGAGAACAUGAAAGCUUUCCAUACUCAGAUACUCAGAGUCAAAGACAAAGAUUCAUAUCCAAUGAUCCUGGUCGCCAACAAAGUUGACCUCGUCCAUCAGAGGAAAGUUACAGAGGAAGAAGGAAAGAACGUAGCUGCAGAACUAGGGCAUAUUCCAUAUAUUGAAACAAGUGCAAAAGAUCCUCCUAAGAACAUUGACGCAGCCUUCCAUGAAGUAGUAAGAGUUAUCAGGAGACAGCCUGUGGAAUCAAAGAAGAAACGCAGAAGUGGCUCCACUUGUGUUCUAUUGUGACAUGGUUGUCAAGCUGGCAGCCAAUGGACUUGUGAAGGAGAAAGUUUCUUUUUGUUGUAAGUCUGAUACCAGAUGACAAAAUCUCCAAUGUCAUUAUUGAUUGAUGAAGCGCAUGCAAGAAAAGGCACAAUUGCUGAGGAACUGGAUGGCCUUGGAUAUGUUGUGUCUAAAUAACUGAUCAGUAAAACUCCAGGAUCGGAGGUUGUGUCAUGUUAAGUUACAACUCAGUAGGUUCAAAACCUGAAUCCUGCUUUACAUGUUACUUAAACUGUGGCUUUGAUUUAGCUUUGGAUAGCCAAACAUGGCACCAAUAUCUAACAGUAAAUGUUCAAUAUACCACCUCAUAUUACACUCAUUCAAUCAAGAAUUCUAUGAACGAUACCAAGGACAGUCCUUUCACCAUUUCAAACAUAAAUAAUACAGUUUUGAAGUGUUUGAGUAGGCAGGGCUUACAUGACAGGUGAAUGAAAAAAAAAGUUGAGAAUAAGGGACCUUCUGUUUCACCUGUAAGUCUAAUCAUCAGGGACCUAUUUCAUAAAGACUGAACUAUGUAAAACUAUGGUAACUUUGCCAUUACGGCAACUGCCAUGGAAACCUUGAUUUUGAUUGGCCGUUGAACUGUGGUAGCUACCACAAUGGCAGAGUUCCAACAGUUGCAAGUCCUUUAUGUCAAGGGCUCCAGUAUUGUUAUUCUGAAGGUUGGUUACUCUGGAGCGUGCCUAUUUCAUAUACCAGGACAAUUAAUAAUCUGAAAAAAAUGGGUUUAAAAAUCAAAAUAUUUGUGACAUUAUUCAGAUCCGUAUGAAAAGAACAUUAGGUUUGUUAGUCCGAAAGUAUGGUCGUUCAAAAAUUAACAAAGGUUUGUUAGUUUGCAAAAUACUAGUAUACUUCACAAAUCUUAUUAUUGUACAAUUACUUGUAUUUUUUAUGUUACUAAGGCCCACACCCUGAACUAAAACACCUAAUGAUAGUUUUGAUACUUACUUAUGCAUAUAGCAGUCAUAUUGUAGGAAUUAAAAAAAAACCAUUAUGGACUAAGGAGCGAAUACUUGUUAAAAUAUCCUUCUUUUGUUUUGGUUCAAGUCUUUCUUCACACUUUAAGAUGAAAACAAUCCGUAUUCACCCAGGCACAAACAAAAAUAUAAUUUUGUUAAUUGUACUCGGAACUGGGCUAAUACACAAAAUGGAAACAAAUCUUUAAUUGACUUGAAAUAUUGAUGGAUUUAUCAGAAGUGCUUGAGCACCAAGGCAGCCCAGCUAAAGCCAGGGUAAUAAUAAUUGCAGGGCUAGCUGGGAGAACAGUUAUCAGAACUGAAGUGGCUACCCCAGUGGGUACAUCUGCCGUUAUUAUUAUUAUCAUCAUAAGUGUAUCUUUAGAUUCUCAUUGAACCAUAUAGGUAUUGAUGUACAUGUAUGCCAAAAGACACUAGACAUUUUAGGUGGCUUUUUAAUGCUGAGAACAUAUUCUUGUACAGUACGUAAUCUCCAGUUUUUUGGGAGGAAUUUCUCUGUUAACCCUAUGCAUAUAUAAAUUAAUUCCUAGUACAUGUACUGUAUAUAUGAUUAUGUUUUCUUUUAUAUACAUGUAUGUAUUUAUACAACUCUCUUUUUGAAUUGUAGAUUAUGUUAUUUAUAAAAAUAAAAGUAAUCUCUUAUAAUCUGAAACUAGGUAGAUUAUACGUUUUUAGUGCCUAAAUUUAUGUACGUGUAGCAUGUUGAAGGAAAUAGUUAUGGAACUUUUAUUGGGAAGGUUUUAGGAAAAAAAAUAAACAGUAUAAAUGUGUACAUUUUAAUAUAUGCUUACAUUAUAUUAUUAAGAUUUUAUAAUUUUGUUCUUAAAACAGUUCUUAUUUGUUUCAUUGAUACAUAUAUGUAAGGUGUAAUUUGAAUGUUCCCCUUUUUAAAACAUUGCUUAUUGUUAAAGGUGGAGCUAUGCAAUUUGUGAUAGCUUUAGGAGUCGUAUAUCAUCUCAAGUCUGGGGUAGAAUUGGGGUUUCGAGAUUUGUUUCAAGGUACUUUUGGUAGAAGACAUACCCAAAGGUGUUUUAAUUAUGAUGUUUGAAAAGUAUUCUUGAAUCUUGCAAAGUUGUGGCAUCUGAAACCUGUUUGAGAAAGUAACACAUUUCUGUAUAAUAGAAAAAUGAAAGGCUGUUUUGAAACAUGUCUGUGCUUUGACCACUCCCAUCCUUUUAGUUUUCAGAGAAAAUGUGCAUUCCGUGAAGUAUACAGCCACAUGUCAAAACAUGGCCUCCUGACCUCAGGUUUGCAGCUGUGCAGUGACAAGUGCUGUUUUCUGAAUGAGGAAACGUGACCUUUUAAGAAACACUUUUAGAAUGGCCUUAGGAAAAGCUUUUUAACAGUGGGUACAGAAAUGUGUUUCUAAAAAGAGAAGUUUAUAAAGGCAGUCGUAAGUUUCUGAUUAACUCAAUGUCAGAAAAUCAUAUCCUUCUUCUAGUACACAUCAUUGUGUUAUGUUGGUUUGCAAGGAACUAUUGUAACUGUUAAAUUCUGCACCAUGAUAUUUACGAUUUUAUGAUCAAUUCAUACUUAACUGCAAAUAAUUUACUGAUUGAUGAUGUGGAAAACGUUCAUCCUGGCGAUGGAUUGAGUAGAAAAAUAGUAAUCGCUUGUCUCACGAUGGAUCAAACAAUCUAUGAUCCAUCAUGAGACAACCGAUUACUCUUCUACUCAUUUUUUCUGAUUUUUAACAAUGUUUUCAAUAUUACUGCCUACAAGUAACAAGUUUCUGAAAUUGGUUCAUUCAAAGUUCAAACGAAAGCACCAUCUUUUAUAGACAGUGAGCAAUAUACAAAGUGGCACUUUUCUGGAUAAUAAUUCUGAAGUUGAAUGUUCAUAAUGCUGUCUGCUAUGCAUGGUAAUGAGUG